AUGGCCGACCGCCGUCGCGAAGCAUCGAGCAAACCCAACAGCGCCGACUCAACACCUGCACUGCCAGCCCUGGGCUUCGCAAACAGCCCUCCCUCCUUCGGCCUAAGCUUUGGUCAGCCGUCGUCCACUCCACCAACCUCACACACGGGCUACACGCGAGUGGGCAACGAUGCGACCGACCGACCGGCCCCGCCCACAAUUGCGGAGGAAGAUGAAGGAGACAUUGCACACAGCUUUAGGCGACCAGGCAGCGCUGGGCUGGGCAUAGCAGCUGGAGACUCUCCCACCCUGGGCGGUGCGGCCAUACCAUCCCACGUUCGCAACGUGGGAAGCGCCCCAGCCUGGAGUCCAGACAUCACACUGUCGCCCCCCGGCACGACCGAACCUUUCCUCGCCAGCUUCCCCUACGACUCGGCCGAGGGAACACCCGACUUGCGCCGCGAACGCUCGAGCCCGUACACUGGAAGCUAUGAGCAUUUCCAGCGUGGCAUGCUGGAGCACGCGCGGACCCAUGCCAGCACCACCGACUUCCAGCAGUACAUGCAUUCAUCAGACACACAGCGGCUGCGCGGUGCGCCCUCCAUCAAAUCGGCAUUCGAGAACAACACGUUCCACCCCGGCCAAGAGUGCCAGACAAGAAGAGACUUCUACCAUUCUCGCUUCACAUGGCUCAAUGGCACAAUCAUCUUCAUAUGUUUGUUCUCUACAAUCUUGUCGGGCAUUUUCCUUGGACUAGCGUUGAGAGCGCCUCGUUAUGGCCGGUAUAUCAGUACCAGCCCGGGCGCGAAAAUGCGCCCUGCCACUGCUAUUCUCUGGACUUCUAUCUUGGCCAAGAUCAUCGAACUGUCCUUCGUCACUGGAUUCGUCGCGUUCUUAGGACAAGUGCUCUCUCGAAGAGCCUUUUCGCGGGCUAGUGGAGGUCGAGGUGUGACACUGUCCGAGUUGAGUAUGUGGCGUUGGGUCGUCCAGCCUGGUACUCUCAUCACCCAUUGGGAGACUGCCAAGUACGCUGGCCUGUCCUUUUUAGGCAUGCUGAGUCUGCUGAGCGCAAUCCUGGCAACACUCUACGCGCCUGCAGCAACCGCUCUGGUCCAGCCAAUGCUGAAGAAUGGCUUUCUGGAAACAAGGGUUCUGGCAGCGAGCGUCAAGACCGACUUCGCAAACAUCAACUACAUCAAACAGAUGUGUCAGACUCCGAUUACCAGUGACAAAGAGUACGGAGGUACGACUUGCACACAGAUCGAGCAUGCUGGCCAAGGUUUUUACAACUACCACAAAUACCUGGCCGACUGGGAAAUCGAAGCCGAUACUGGCAAUAGCUCAUCAGAACAGAAGAAACGUCCGUUAGGUUUCGGACUCUUAUAUGAGAACACAACGGUCGAAGCCCAGUGGGUUGACAUUGUCGAUACAAAAGCAGUCUCCCAGAAGUACAAACGCGCCAUUAACAACGUCUCUCUUGCUAUGCCCCACGCGGGUGUGUUUGCAGCGGCACGCGACCAGAGGAAUGGCAUUCUCCAGCCAGAAGAACUGGACUCAGAAGGGACCUACUCGCUCCAUGCAUCUGUACCUUCGCCAGUCAUGAAAGUCUUGUGCGUCAACAUGAACGAGAGUGAGCUUGCGCCCAUCGUCUACGACACGUGGAACGAUCGUGAGACAGUGAACAUCACGACCUGGCCCAAGCUACAGGGUAACGCGACCACCACAAAUAGCACGGUAGUAGACGAGAUCUUUGGUUGGACGAAACAAGACAAGAAGGCUAUGCUUGAUUAUCCACCCGUGUUCGCCAGGUUUCCUAAACCCUUCAACACGAUCCUGAACCAUACCAGUCUUUCUUGGGGGAGGUCUGCCAUUUAUCUGAUGGGGCAAGGCGGAGCCGGCGCUCCCGGUCCCAACAUGACUGGUAUUUACUCGGUCUGCAAAAUCGAUGUCGACAUUACGCCGUACUGUAGCACACGAUACGUAGCUGGUGGCUCUGGUGGCAAAAUGGAAGCACUCUGUGAAGAAAGUGCUGGCGACAUGGCGUACAUCAAGAGCCAGACAAACGCGACGACACAGCAAGGUCUUAAGAACUGGCGAGACGUCGGUACCGACUGGUCAAACGCUCUCUCGCUGAACAAUGGAAUCAUGGAUGCGGAUGCUAGUAACUCCAGACUUCUGAUGCAGUUACAGUUGACGCCAACUGGCGCGAAUGAAGCCGAUCCAGAUAACAUGGACGUUGAUUUGAGUCCAUUGCUUCCUAGUAUGAGUGAAGCUCUGGCUGUUAUGUCUGGAUGUACGCUGCUUAAAAGCUUCCUCGACGCGCCUUUUGUACCAUUCUGGAAUUACACUAAAGCGAUACUCGAGACCCCGCAAACUCAGUAUUUCAACGCAACAAUCGUAGCACAGCAGUAUGCUUCUGGUGGAGUCGACAAUCCUUCCAAAGCCUGGAUGGUAAUUCUCUUCCUAGUGUUCCUGAUGAACAUUUUCGUCCUUGUCUACUUCCUCCUGCACCGCGGUCUUGUCACGGACUUCUCCGAGCCACCGAAUCUAUUCGCACUGGCUGUGAACUCUCCACCCAGUCAAGCUCUCGCAGGAAGUUGCGGCGGGGGUCCAGAGGGCAAGCAGUACAUGGUCAACUGGUUCGUCAACCAUGAAGGCGAACAUCUGUACAUGGAGCCCGGCGAGAAGAGCGCUCUUCUAGCUGGGCACGAGCACUCACAUGCGCAUCCGCACGUCCAUGACCACGACCACAGUGCCCCACCACAGGUACAAGCAAAAGAAAGUGGUUUCUUUUCAAGUCUCAAAACGGCAAUCAGCGGAAUGCAGCUACCUUUCGGGUCCAAGAAGAGAACUCCAGCCAAGGUCAGCCAACCCGCUGGUACUGAGCGACUUCGACCUCUGGGCACAACGGAGAGUAGGCGGUCUGGAGUAUCGCUUUCCGAAUACGAGAUGGAAGACGGCGAGACAAGGACACAGCGGCAGUAUGCCAAACUAUCGAAGCGUAAGAGCAUGCUUUGA